AUGGAUGGGUUUGAGAAGGGUGCUACUAACAUACCCGAGUUACUGGAUUCUGCUUUGAUGAUACCGGGUCGGUUUUCUAGGAAAGUGGUUGUGGGUAAACCGGAUAAAGAUGUAAGGAGAAAGACUUUUGCUUUAUAUUUACAAAAGGUGCCAAUGGAGGAGGACAAACAAGUCAUUUGUGACCUUGUUGCUUCAGGUACACCAGGGUUAGUUGGGACUGAUCUUGAAAAUAUAGCUAAUGAGGCUGUAAUGCUUGCUACUCGUAGAGGUGGUGAUUUUGUGACUAAGAAGGAUGUUCUUGAAGCUGUUGAGAGGGCUACAACGAAGAUUUGUAACAAUGAUACUAACGGUGAAGCUAAAUCACCGCAUUUGUUUGGACAAAUGGAAUUAGAAAGCAUGCACGCCUGGAGAUGCUGA